AUGCCGGCCCUCCUGCUCCUCGGGACCCUCGUGCUCCUGGCCUCCACCGCGGGUCAGGCCGGGGCGCGCCCGUCCAACGCCACGAGCGCCGAGCCCCCAGGCCCGCUGCCCGCCCUGCUGGCGCACCUGCGGCGCCUGACCGGGGCGCUGACGGGCGGCGGGGGAUCAGCGGGGUCCGGAGCCAACGGCACCAGGACCAGCCCCGCAGGCGGAGCUGGCGCGGCGGCGCGGGCGCCCCCUCCCGCCGAGCUCUGCCACGGUUACUACGAUGUCAUGGGCCAGUAUGACGCCACCUUCAACUGCAGCACCGGCUCCUACCGCUUCUGCUGUGGCACCUGCCACUAUCGCUUCUGCUGCGAGCACCGCCACAUGCGCCUGGCUCAGGCCUCCUGCUCCAACUACGACACGCCGCGCUGGGCCACCACGCCGCCGCCGCUGGCCGGGGGCGCCGGGGGAGCUGGGGGUGCUGGCGGGGGACCAGGUCCCGGCCAGGCCGGGUGGCUGGAAGGGGGCAGGACGGGUGGUGCUGGGGGACGUGUGGGCGAGGGCCCCGGGGGUAGCACAGCCUACGUGGUGUGCGGCGUCAUCAGCUUCGCCCUGGCCGUGGGCGUCGGCGCCAAAGUGGCCUUCAGCAAGGCGUCCCGUGCGCCUAGGGCGCACCGGGAGAUCAACGUACCCAGGGCUCUGGUGGACAUUCUGAGGAAUCAGGCGGGGCCUGGGACCCGCCCGGACCGGGCCCGAAGCAGUUCUCUGACCCCGGGGAUCGGAGGUCCCGACAGCAUGACCCCCAGGACGCCCAAGAACCUCUACAACACAGUGAAGCCCUCAAACCUCGAUAAUCUGCACCACAACUACCUGCACCUCAACAUCAACAGUCCCAAGCACCAUGCUGCCACACUGGACUGGCGGGCUGUGCCCCCGCCCAGCCCCUCCUUGCAUUACUCCACGCUGUCCUGCUCUCGGUCCUUCCACAACCUCUCACAUCUGCCCCCAUCCUACGAGGCUGCUGUGAAAUCUGAGCUGAACCGCUACUCCUCCCUCAAGAGGCUGGCCGAGAAGGAUUUGGACGAGGCCUACCUGAAGCGCCCGCACCUGGUGGAAAUGCCCCGCGGGACGAUGCCCCUGCACACGCUGCGUCGACCUGGCACGGGGGGCGGCUACCGCAUGGAAGGCUGGGGUGGGCCAGAGGAGCUGGGCCUGGCACCUGCGCCAAACCCGCGGCGAGUCAUGUCCCAGGAGCACCUGCUGGGCGACGGGGGCCGGGCCUCGCGCUAUGAGUUUACGCUGCCGCGUGCACGCCUAGUGUCGCAAGAGCACCUGCUUCUGUCCUCGCCUGAGGCCCUGCGCCAGAGCCGCGAGCACCUGCUGUCGCCACCGCGUAGCCCCGUGCUGCCCCCCGAGCCUACCACCCGUGCCAGUCUGGCCGCCUCCCACUCCAACCUGUUGCUGGGGCCCGGAGGGCCUCCAACGCCGCUGCAUGGGCUGCCGCAGCCCCCAGGCCUACACACUCACCACCACCAUGCCCUGCACGGCUCUCCGCAGCCAGCCUGGAUGUCCGACGCUGGUGGGAGCGGGGGCACGCUGGCCCGCAGGCCGCCCUUCCAGCGCCAGGGCACCCUGGAGCAGCUGCAGUUCAUCCCCGGCCACCACCUGCCCCAGCACCUGCGCACUGCCAGCAAGAAUGAGGUGACUGUCUGAGGCCGGGGCUGGGGGUCAGGGCGCUGUGGCCUCCCAGGCCUGCUCAUCCCAGCCUGGAUCCCCCGACGUAGGCUCAUGCACUUCAGGGACCUGGGACCCAUAUGGGCCCUGGGACCGGAGACAAAGCCAACUCCCGGGAUGUCACGGCAGCCAAGACUCCUCCUCCUAUUACUUCACUGUUUGAGCCAAGGUAUCCUUCCCAUGAUGUCAUCACAAAAGAAGAGGCCUGCCCAUGAGGUCAUCACUAGCGAAAAUGUAUGUGUUCUGUGAUGUCAUCACAGGGACAAAACCUUCCCAUGGGGUCAUCACAGAGGAAGAGACCUACCUAUGAGGUUAUUGCUAGAAACUAUGGCUAUGUUCUAUGAUGUCAUCACAAAGAUGUCUUUCCUGUGAUGUAGCAGCAGAGAUAAUGCUUGUCCCUUGAUAUCAUCCCUAGAGACAAAGAUUCUUUCCUGUGAUGUCACUUAAAGACAAGUCUCACCCUUAUGAUGUCAUCUCUAGCUCUAAGGCCCCUUUCGGCAUCAUCAUCAUGAGGAAAAUAUUUUCUUCAUGUGUCUUCUCAAAAUGAUGUCAUCACUACAAACAAAGCCAUCUUCCUGGGAUACAUGGCAAGGGAAAGUGCUUUGCCAAUUGUGUCCUCACUAGAAAUGAGGCCUCCUUCCCACAACAUCAUCACAAGGACUCUGCCUCCUUCCUGUGAUGCCAUCACCAGAGAAGGUGCCUUCCCCGGUGAUGCCAUCACCAGAGAAGGUGCCUUCCCCUAUGACAUCAUCAGAGGGACCGCGCCUCUUUCUGUGAUGUCAUCACCAGAGAAGAAAACCCACUCCUGGGGCCUUUCCAGAAUAAGGCCCGUCUGCAAUGUCACCAUCAGACAGUACCCACUUUGAGAUGAUACCAGGAGAUACCUCCACUGCUGCUGCAUGUCAUGAGAAGGCAGGGCAUGUCACAGUCCAGGACCACCCUGGAAAAGAUGCAGAAAAAGUACCCUGUCCUGAGAUAUCAUCUGAGGGAUGUCAUCGCUGGGGAGGCCACCCCAUUUGCAGAGGCCUCCUCCAGAGACAAUGGUCUGUCUGUAGGUUGUUGAUGGUGAAGCCCCCUCCCGCCCCCAAUGCUGUGAUGUCAUCAUAAAGAGCUUCCUCCUCAGAGACAGUGCCCACUCUGGAUGGCCAUCACUACUGAUGUUUUCACCAGAGUUUCUGCCUUGUCCUACCAUGACUCAGCUUGGUCGCUCCUUCCCCUGACCCCAAGGAUAUGUCUGACAGGAUCCUCACCAGACCCUCCAAAAGGAGGUUUGGGCCUCAGGUCCCACCCCUGUGCAGUGACUCCUGAGCGACCGCACCCCCAGACGGGCUUCUGCUCUAAGGAGGCUACUCUGGCACACAAGGCUUCUGGAGUCCUGGGACUCAGAAGUGGCCUAAAGGCUGGCAUCACUUCCUUCUGGCAUAUCUAGAGACAUCAUUGCUGGUUUCAACAAAGUUCUGGCCUUCUGUUGGGGGUGGGUGGGGUAUGUGCCUGUUAUUGCCCUCGCUGAGGACAUCAUGAAUGCCACACAAUAUCCACCAUUCAUGAAGGCAUUGCACCUGGGGUCAAAUGUUAACCAUGUCUGAUGGAGGCAUCAUGUCCCAGGAUUCCCUAUGACCCAUCAAGUCUAUGGUAUUACCUUCUUCCAGGAUUUACCAUGACUAAUAGUGUCAUCAUCUCCCAAGAGUCCCCAUAGCCAAUGGUAUCACCAUCUUUCAUGAUUCCCCACAACCUUUGUAUCAUCUCCCAGAUUCUACUAUGACCAAUCAUGUCAUUACCUUCCAAAAUCCACUAUGCCCGAUGGUGACAUCCUCUACCGGGAUCUACUAGGACUGAUAAUGCCACCAUUUCCCAUUUCUCCCAUAAUUGUUGUGUCACCACCUCCAAGAAUCCACUUUAAUUAUGUGUCUUCAUGUCCCAGGAUCCACUUCAACCAUGGUGUCAUCACCUCCCAGGAUUCAUAACUCUUACUAGUGUCAUCAUUAUCUACAAGGAUCUAUGAGAGCCAUGGGGUUACUACCUCCCGGGAUCCACUUCAACCAUGUGCCAUCAUCUUCCAAGGUCCACGUCAACCACGGUGUCAUCACCUCCCAGGAUCCAUAACAUAUAAUAAUGUCCUCAUCAUCUACAAGGAUCCAUGAGAACCAUGGUGUCAUCAUCUCUCAGAAUCCAUGACAGCCUGUGGUGUCAUCACCUUCCAUAAUCCACUUCAGCCAUAGUGGUAUCAUUUCCUAUGAUCCAUGAGAGCCAAUAAUGUCAGCAUCUACUGUGAUCCACCAUUUCCAUGCUGUCAUCAACUACUGAGAUCCGCCAUAUCAUGGUGUCAUCACCUCCCAGGAUCCAUUUCAACCAUGUGUCAUCACUCCCGGGAUCCACUUUAAUCAUAGUGUCAUCACUUGCCAGGAUCUAUGACACUCAACAAAGUCAUCAUCUCCUAGGAUUCACUGCAAUCAUGUACCAUCGCCUCACAGGAUCCAUCAUCUUAGAGGCCAAGUACCACAACAGGCUGUAUUUCAAUUAUCCUCUGGGAUCGCAUGGCACUUACAGUUGUUCCCGCAAGGGGAACCAGCACAAUACACCAUUUUCCCAUUCCCUCAAAAUGAACUAGGGUGGGACUAUCUGUCCCUUCUGAUGACAUCAUCUGCACUCUGGCCCUUCUUGAUUAUGUCACUGCCUCACUCCUGACCUAGGAUAAUACCUGGAUCAAAUCCACCACAAACUUGGCCUCAGCCAGCCUCCUUUCAUCCCCCCUCGUGAAGGUGUCCAGGUCCCACCUGAUAACAUCACUGCCCCUUGCCCAGCCAUAUGUUCGGUGACAGGGUCAAUCCAGCAACCUCUCAUCACCAGAAAUGAGGCUUUCCAGCCCUUGGAUGACGUCACUGCCCCUUGCCCAAUCCCUGUUACCUGGACCCCUACCAGGAUCAGCACUCCGCUGACUUGGGCCAAACUCUCCUCAGAGACCCCUGAUCCCUGUGGGAUGAGCUGACAGCUGACAACCAACCUAGGGCCUUAAAUGCUGUCUUCUGCUGGCCUGGUCCUGGGGCGGGUACACCUGAAGAGCAACAGUCCCUGCCAGCACCAUCUGCAGGGGCCAGGGGUGCUCCUUCAUCUUUCUCCCUAACAUGCUGAGGAGCCUCUAGGGGCUUCAGGGAGUCCCUAACACCUAAUGCACAAUCUGCCCCAAUUCUCUUUGUACAUAGCCAUGUUGCAGGGGGCGGCCAUUCCCCCACUCUUAAAGGGCUACAUGCCCCCCUUCCCUAGCCCCCAGGGCAAGGUAGGGGGACCUCUUCUCCUUCCUCUGGGCCGCCCCCUCCCUCUAUGUUUCCCCCAAAUACUAUCAUCUCAGCUCAUCCCUUUUUGUCAGGAACCUGGGCACAUAACUGGCCCUUGGCUCCCACCACACUGAGGAAACCAGGAGGUGACGCCAAAUCUACCUAGACCCUGGUGCGAAGUUUUCAAUCCUUUUGCUUAUAGCUGCUGCGAUGGGCUCUCCCAUCCCUUCUAGGGCCUCCCCAUGCCCAGCUUGUGGCUUCCCCAGAAAGGAGGCAGCUUGAGCCCCUGCCCACUCCCAGGUCCUUCCCCUCUACUCACCGCCCCUGGAACACUCAGCUUUCUCCAGCCCCUGGAACAUGGGGGUUCGGGGCCUUUCAGCUUUUGUAUGCCCCCUUCAACUUGCUCUCUCCUGGCCUGGAUUCCAGGAAUCUUGCCCUCCACCCCUUAUUCACUCCUGCACAGGUAGCCUGACCCUGGGGCCUUGACCUCUUAUCUCAAAUAAGCCAUAGUGGGGAGAGGUCUCAGAGUGGGGAGUGGGCAUGAGACAGCAGGCCGUGUCCUGCCAGUUCCCCUUUGAUGUUUUUGGAGCUGGGACCUCGCCAUCCUAGUCUUCCCCCGCCCCUGAAUAAAAUGCACGCAAGCACACACAUGUGUGCACGCACACACACACACACAGACACCCAUCUCCCCUUUUGGUUGGGGGGCCAUGGGGGUGUUUGCAGAGAGAAGAAGAUAAACCUUUCUGUACCAGAAGACCCUCCCCAGCUUCUGUCUCCCUCCUUAUCCCUCCCACUCCUACUCCUCUCUCCAACACUGGCUCCCUUCCCGCAAUUCCUUGGUGAGAACAGCUGGAGGAGCUGCAACUUGGUAUUUUUUGGAAUAAACAGAUGUUUUCCUGA